CGCCCAUCAGUCGAAUACUGGUCGGGAUAGCAAGCGGACGCACAACUUAUCUACACAAUCGAACAGCAAUGGCACUGGACCUGUAUCAUAUGCCCGCUUCGGCACCUUGCCAAUCGGUUCGCCUGCUGGCAAAGGCCAUGAAAUUGCAGCUCAACCUGAUCCACUUGGAUCUGUCCAAAGAAGAACACAUGAAACCACAGUUUCUCAAGCUCAAUCCACAACAUGUGAUUCCAACGUUGGUCGACAACGACUUUGUCCUGUGGGAAUCGCGUGCCAUCCUAAUCUACCUGUGCGAAAAAUACGGCAAGAAUGACAAGUUCUACCCACGUGACCCGAAGAAGCGAGCCGUCAUCAACCAACGGUUGUACUUCGACUUGGGAACUCUGUAUGACCGGUUCGCUGACUGCUACUAUCCGCUAGUGUUCGAAGGUCAGAAAUUCGAUGAAGAAAACUUCAAAAAGCUAGAGGAAGCUUUCGGUUUUCUCGAAAUCUACCUGGGACAAAAUACGUACGUUGCGGGCGACAAGAUUACCAUUGCCGAUUUCAGCAUCUUGGCGUCGAUUACCACUAUGAAGGUCUGUGCCGAGAUAGACUUUUCCAAGUACGGCAACAUCGAACGUUGGUAUGCGCAACUCGCCGAAGAAGUGGCCGAUCAUGAUGACGUUUGCGUCCAAGGGGCCCUGGGAUUCCAGCCACACUUCCAAGCUGCCAAGAAGGCGGCCGAGGAGCAAGAAUAGAGUUUAGCUGAAAUAAAGUUACCCCAGAGGGGUUUUUUCGUGAUAAGAUAA